GCGUCCUCGUGACGUCACGACGGGACGGCUCAGAAAGGAGACCGUGAACGCAUCUCGGAGUCACAUGACAGGCACCGCUGUUGGACUGCUCUGACAUCUCACAACCAUGCCGACCACGCAGCAGUCACCCCAGGAUGAGCAGGAGAAGCUUCUGGAUGAAGCCGUGCAGGCCGUCAAGGUCCAGUCCUUCCAGAUGAAGCGAUGCCUGGACAAGAACAAGCUGAUGGACGCGCUGAAACACGCCUCCAACAUGCUGGGGGAGCUGAGGACCUCCAUGCUGUCUCCAAAGAGCUACUACGAGCUCUAUAUGGCCAUCUCUGAUGAACUCCACUACCUGGAGGUCUACCUCACAGACGAGUUUGCAAAAGGACGCAAGGUGGCAGAUCUGUAUGAGCUGGUCCAGUACGCAGGCAACAUCAUCCCCAGGCUGUAUCUGCUCAUCACAGUGGGAGUGGUGUACGUGCGUUCCUUCCCGCAGUCUCGUAAGGACAUCCUGAAGGACCUGGUGGAGAUGUGCCGUGGUGUCCAGCACCCGCUCAGGGGCCUCUUCCUGAGAAACUACCUGCUGCAGUGUACUCGCAACAUCCUGCCGGAUGACGGCGAGCAGUCCGAAGGUUUGGAGGAGAUGACGGGCGACAUCAACGACUCGGUGGACUUUGUCCUGCUCAACUUUGCAGAGAUGAACAAGUUGUGGGUGCGGAUGCAGCAUCAGGGUCACAGCCGGGAUCGGGAGAAGAGGGAAAAGGAGCGCCAGGAGCUGAGGAUCCUGGUGGGCACCAACCUGGUCCGCCUGAGCCAGCUGGAGGGCGUCAACGUCGACAAGUACAAACAGAUUGUUCUUCCCGGCGUGCUGGAGCAGGUUGUGAACUGCAGAGACUCCCUGGCGCAGGAGUAUCUGAUGGAGUGCAUCAUCCAGGUGUUCCCAGACGAGUUCCACCUGCAGACCCUGAACCCCUUCCUGCGCUCCUGCGCUGAGCUUCAUCAGCACGUCAACGUGAAGAACAUCAUCAUCGCCCUCAUUGACAGACUGGCCCUCUUUGCCCAUCGAGAAGAUGGGCCCGGCAUUCCAGCUGAGAUCAAACUGUUUGACAUCUUCUCCCAGCAAGUGGCCACAGUCAUCCAGUCUCGCCAGGACAUGCCGUCCGAGGACGUGGUGUCUCUGCAGGUGUCCCUCAUCAAUUUGGCCAUGAAGUGUUACCCUGACCGUGUGGACUAUGUGGAUAAAGUGCUGGAGAGCACCGUGGAGAUCUUCAACAAGCUCAACCUGGAGCACAUAGCGACCAGCAGUGCCGUGUCCAAGGAGCUGACCCGGCUGCUGAAGAUCCCCGUCGACACGUACAACAACAUCCUGACGGUGCUGCAGCUCAAACACUUCCCGCCUCUCUUUGAGUAUUUCGACUACGAGUCGCGCAAGAGCAUGAGCUGCUACGUGCUGAGCAACACGCUGGACGACAACACCACCAUCGUGGCCCAGGAGCAGGUGGACGCCAUCUUGAACCUGGUGUCCACCCUCAUUCAGGACCAGCCGGACCAACCGGCUGACGAUCCCGACCCAGAGGACUUUGCGGAGGAGCAGAGCCUCGUGGGUCGUUUCAUCCAUCUGCUGCACUCUGAUGAUGCGGACCAGCAGUACCUUAUCCUCAACACAGCCCGCAAACACUUUGGUGCUGGUGGGAACCAAAGGAUUCGCUACACUCUCCCUCCUCUGGUGUUUGCUGCCUACCAGCUGGCCUUUAGAUACAAGGAGAACUCCUCCCUGGAUGACAAGUGGGAGAAGAAGUGUCAGAAGAUCUUUUCCUUCGCGCACCAGACCAACAGCGCGCUCCUCAAGGCCGAGCUGGCCGAGCUGCCGCUGCGACUCUUCCUGCAGGGGGCGCUGGCGGCAGGCGAGAUCGGCUUUGAGAACCACGAGACCGUAGCAUACGAGUUCAUGUCUCAGGCCUUCUCGCUGUACGAGGACGAGAUCAGCGACUCCAAAGCACAGCUGGCGGCCAUCACGCUCAUCAUCGGCACCUUUGAGAGGAUGAAAUGCUUCAGCGAAGAGAAUCACGAGCCUCUGAGGACUCAGUGCGCGCUGGCGGCCUCCAAGCUGCUCAAGAAACCCGACCAGUGCCGCGCCGUCAGCAUCUGCGCUCACCUCUUCUGGUCGGGACGCAGCACGGACAAGAACGGCGAGGAGAUCCGAGAUGGGAAGCGGGUGAUGGAGUGCCUAAAGAAGGCUCUGAAGAUCGCCAACCAGUGCAUGGACCCCUCGCUGCAGGUCCAACUCUUCAUCGAGAUCCUCAACAGAUAUGUGUGCUUCUACGAGCGGGAAAACGAUGCUGUGACUGUCCAGGUGCUGAACCAGCUCAUCCAGAAGAUCAGGGAGGAUCUUCCCAACCUGGAGGCCAGCGAGGAGAGCGAGCAGAUCAACAAACACUUCCACAACACACUGGAACAUCUUCGUCUGCAGAGAGAAUCCCCCGAGUCCGAGGGUCCGGUCUACGAGGGCCUGGUCCUCUGAAAAGGUCACGCCACAGAAGCUGUGAGCGCCGUCGUGGAUGAUGCACGUACGCGUCUGCUCGGCCGUCUCAUCCCAGCCAGCCUUCCCCAUCUUCUCCUCCUCGUUAGAUGAUGAAUAGCGGUUGGAGAUGAGCGACACUGCACUUAACCCCAACACUUCCUCUCUGUCUGUCUCUUAACACGCAUCAUGUUGCUAGAUCGUCACACGAUGGCAUCGUGGCGCCACCGUUCUGAUGAUGUAAUUAUUUCCAGGUUUGUGUGUGAAGAUUUGGAAAAUUAUUGGCCGCAGCCUCUCACUCGUCUGCUCAUCUCUUUCGUAUCGUUGGUCUUUCUUUUCGGAGGCGUCGUCGAGCAGUCGUUUUUUUUCUUUUGUUUGCAAGGCCACUUGUAAAUCACGUCCAGGAAGUAAGAUUUAUCCUUGUCAUUUACUGAAAUAAAAUCAUUUCUUAACUAUG